CAGAUCCAGACGUCGCUUAUUGGUUUCAUUCUUUGUGAAGAUUGCGCGGCGGCGUGUGAUGGAACCUGGAAUUUGGGGCAACGGUGUUGUGUAAGCUGCGAAGUGGUGUAGAGGAAAGUUGCCAAGAUGAAUACCUCUAUCAUACAGGUGACAAAUGUGGCUCCCACAGCCACCAGGGAGCAGAUGAAAAACCUCUUCUCCUUUAUCGGAAAAGUGGAAGAGCUAAAACUUUAUCCCUCAGAGGAUAUACUUGUGCCAGUAAAAGUGUGCUUUGUGCGUUUUGAAGACUCAGUUACAGCAGGUGUAGCUCUUCAUCUUACUAAUACUGUUUUCAUAGACAGGGCUCUGGCCAUUGGGCCCUAUCAUGAUGAUGUGAUUCCUGAUGAGGGCCUGGGUUUGCAGAUUUCUCUUCAGGCAGCUGCAGGAACCCUGCCUGGAAACAGCCCUUCAUGGCCAAGCAACAUUAUCAGCAAGGUGCAAGGUGCAGGUCCUAGUCAGGUAAUUACAACAAACGACCCCAAACUAACAGCCCUAGGAUUGCCGCAGUAUCCACCUCUUCCUGGUAAUACAGAUCCUUCAAAGAUCGAGGAAAUUCGCAGAACGGUCUAUGUGGGAAACUUAGACUCCACAGUAACAGCUGAGAAAGUACUGAACUUCUUCACUCAGGCAGGAGAAGUUAAAUUUGUGCGUAUGGCAGGGGAUGAUACUCAACCAGUGCGCUUUGCUUUUGUGGAAUUCAGUGACCAACGAUCCAUUCCUACAGCUCUAACAUAUAACGGUGUCAUGUUUGCAGGACGCCCGUUAAAAGUGAACCACUCUAACAAUGCAAUUGUGAAGCCACACGUCAAGCCAGAAGCAGCUCAGCGGGAGAUUGAUGAAGCAAUGAAAAAGGUGAAGGAGGCCCAGUCCCUGAUCUCUGCUGCUAUUGACCCAGGGAGAGACAAAUUUAGCAGAAGCAGGUCAAGAUCCCGCUCCAGACGGAGGCGAUCCAGAUCCAGGUCAAGGAAAUCCCCAUCUCGAUCAAGACGCCGAUCUCGAUCUCGUACUCGCCGCUCCCGCUCCCGCACUCGCCGAUCUCGGAGUCGGAAACGUUCUCGAUCCAGAUCACGCACCCGUCGUCGAGGCUCAAAGUCAAGAUCUAGGUCACGGAAUCGAAGGUCUCGGAGCCACAAGAGAUCCAGGUCAAGGUCGCGUACUCGAUCACGAAGGUCACGUUCUCGAUCAAAGUCACGAAGUAGAAGGUCAAGAAGCAAGAAACGUUCAAGGUCACGUACUAGACACUCUUCACGCUCUAGGAGAAAGACACCCCCUCGAGCCUACAGCCGACGCAAGUCCAGGAGCACUUCACCUUCUCGAUCUAAGAAACGCCGAAGUCGCUCGAGAACGCGAAAACACCGCUCAAAGUCGCCAGAGAAAAAGAAGUCUGUGUCGCAGUCUCCUUCCCCACCAAAGCUAAAGAAGGAAGGUAGCCCUUGCCCAAAAUCUCCCUCUAGAAACAGAGAUGGGGAAGGCACAAAACCCAACCUGGCCGCAGAGUCAGAUAAGGAAUCUGCCAGCUUACCCCAACAAGAUGGUGAUACCAAAACAGAAAGCAUUGAACAACCUGAAGUCGACCACAAACCGGAAAGGUCAUCCAGUGGAAGCCCACCACCUGCACGCAGGAAAGUCUCGUUCACACAGCCCAAGUAAAAGCAGCAAGAGGGCUCGGCGAUCACCUUCACCGCGGAGACGCUCUCGUUCAAGAAGUGGUUCACGUCAUCGGCAGUCCUCCAGGUCCAAGAAGCGUAAGGACCGUGAUCGUGACAGGAGCCGUGACAGAAGAUCA